AUGUCUCCUAGAUACUUAAUAGUGUUGUUUCUCCUUGGAGCUGUAGUUCUCUCUACAUCUUCCUCGCUCUCUGAUAAUCACCUGCCUUUUAAGGGUAGAGUGGAAAAAUCAUCGCAUAAACAUCAUCAUGAACACUUUUUCUUGGAGGAUAAGCCUCCUAACGAUAAGGGGGAAAAGUCACUCUCGAAACACAGGCCACCCUUUGAAAAGUCACUUUCACAAUGCAAACCAUUAUUUGAAAAGCCAUCCCCAUCAUUUGAAAAACCUCCCUUGGAGCACAAACCCCUCUUUGAAAAGCCACCCCUGGAACACAAAGCAUCAUUUGAAAAACCAUCCCCAGAACACAAAUCACCAUUUGAAAAGCCACCUGGUAAGGGUAAUACUCCACACCCAGGACAUAUCUUGUAA